ACAUAAAAAGUCGAAGAAGAAGACGAAGCUGAAAUUGUUUUGAAACACAGGGAGCACAACAGAAAAACGAUGUUCUGAAUGACAGAAAUCAGACACAUAAAGACAGCAGACUUGUCUUGUGUUUUCCUCGAGAUCAGCGCGAGUGUUUGUUUCCGUUUGCUGUUUCGUCUCGUGAUGUGGAUGAGCUACACUGAUCUCUAGACACCAUAAACCUGAUAUAAGUUACUCUGGUUUUGAGGAUUGUUGAUUUCUCCUCGCUAAAUCACUCAACUGUAGUGAAAGCAUGGAUGUGGAUGUGGUGAGUUUCCGUUUGCCUGCGCAUGGAGACACUGCCCUGAGUAACAUGAACUUCCUGCGGACGCAGCAGCACUUCUGUGAUGUCACCAUCGUGGCGGGAGGCAGGCGCAUGUUCAGGGGUCACAAGGUCGUACUGGCGGCUUGCUCUGCGUUUCUAAGGGACCAGUUUCUCCUGAACCCCUCAUCAGAGCUACAGCAGGUGUCGAUGUUGCACAGCUCAGCAGUGGUAUGUGAACUCCUCCAGUCCUGUUACACAGGGAUGCUGCAGUUCAGUGCCAAAGAGAUCGUGAACUACCUGACUGCAGCCAGCUACCUGCAGAUGGAGCAUGUGGUGGAGAAAUGCAGAGGGGCCCUGAGCCAGUACAUGCAGCCCCGCAGUCGCAGCCCCAUUACUGUGAAAUCGGAAGAUCCUCAGUCUAUGCCAGUGAUUGUCAGUGGAAGUACCCAUUCGUUGGGAUCCAUUUCAUCCCCUUCUGAUACGGCAUCACUGCAUCCUCACAGUUCAGGAAAGGAGCUCCAGGCUGCUGAUGCCGAACUAUCCAACAUCCCUCACAAAGAUGACAGUCAUUUGACCGUACACUGUAUAAGGGGAUCCGAUGCAUCUGGACACUUUGAGGGAGAGGACGGGCCUGAGAGUGACGUCUUUCAGGUGCAGAUCAACGAUGAACAGCAAGACCCGGAGAAGACCUCUGGUGCUGAGGAGGAAGACAGAGAAGCUGUUGUCAUGUUAAAUGACCACGAACCGAUGGACGCAAGUAUAGAGGAGCCCAGUAUGGAGGGGCAAGCUAAAGGCAACGACCACAGAGGGGCAGGCCGCAUGUGGAGACGACGGCACGGAGAGCACAGGGGAGGCAGAGGAAGAGGCUUUAAACAGAGGAAGCGAUACACUUUCAAGGACCGCAAGCUCUUGGGAAACUACCAGGAGGCUUGGCGAUUUCCAACCCCUGAUGAAAUGAUGGGUAAUUUUGGAGCAGACUUUGGGGCUGAUUACCUAUCCAAUCAGCAUCUCGCAGAUGGUACCGUCCGCAUUGAGUACAGUCCUGGAGAAGAGAUUGGCUCUGAUGGAGGUCCUGCACACUUUGGUGUGGAAGCUUCCAGCGGGGAACAGGGAAUGAGAGUCAGGACACAUACAAAUGAGCAUGGAGCUGCUGACGAGUCUGUGGCGGUGGUGGGAUCCACGUCCUGUGUAGCGGGACCAGUGGUGUGUGAGCAGUGCGGACUAGCAUUUUCCACAACGCAGGACUUAGCCAUGCAUUCCCUGUCAACUCACCGGCUGUAUGUGUGUCCAUGCUGCGGGAAGCACUUCAGCCACUCCAGUAACCUCAACCGCCACAUGAUCGUCCACCGUGGAGUUUCCAAGCUCCACUGUUGCCCCCUGUGCCACAAGACCUUCACUCAGAAGUCAACACUGUGCGAUCACAUGAACCUGCACAGUGGGGAGCGGCCGCAUGUGUGUGCGUACUGCCACGUCAGCUUUGCCCAUAAGCCUGCUUUACGCCGUCACCUGAAAGAGCAACAUGGAAGGACAACGGCCCAAAACUAUCUGGAGAUGCAGCGAAACAAUGAGGGUGGUGUUGGGGAAGGGGUUUAGAUCAGAUUUAAAAUGUUACUCUGUUAAUGAAAUCAGAAUUAACCCCAUUUACUUUCCUAAAGGUGCCAUAGAAUGCACUGAUACAAUAUUUUAAAUUGUUCUCUGAUGUCCCCAGGGUGUAUGUGUGAAGUUUUAUCUCAAAAUACCCCACAGAAAAAAAAUUAUAGCUUGUUUUCAUUGCCACUUUUAGGUUAUGAGACAAAACACGCUGUAUAUGUGUUUGUCCCCUUUAAAUGUAAAUGAGCUGGGGCUCCCGCCUCCCUUUUCAGACGAGUGCGGAGCUUCAAGAGCUCAUGCUUGUAGGCAUGCCACCGAUGUUACGGUUUAACUGGUGGUCACCACGUUACUGACUUCACAUUGCUUCCAAAUGCAAUUUUUAACUACUAAAUUCCUAUUCAAGAUCAUUCUGGUAGCAUGUGAAGGCGGCAUUAGUGCAAACAAGCCGAGACAAUGGUAGCUUUAGCAACAUUAGCCUUACAGAGAGCCAUGAAGCUCUUUUGGAAAACAAAAUAUGACACGCAAUUCUUACUUUGGCUGGAGUCUGGACAUUUGCGUUACAAAGCAUUGGUAUCGAUCCCUCUUUCAGAAGCAAUCUUUGCACAACUGACCCUUGUUUGUGAGGCAAACCUGUGUAAAUUGUUAGAAAAAAGUAUAGGACUUUUCAGUUUUUUUUCCUGUGACAUUUCCUUCGAAAAUGAAAGUUAACCACCAUGUCCCCAGUAGUCUAUGGAGACCCCUAUGUUUGUUGGUGCAUCCCAAAACACAACACUUUUAAUGGCUCUUUGGUGCUGACAUUGCAUCUCCAGCAACUACAGCAAGAGAACAGUAAUGGUGGACCGCAGCUUCUCACUCAGGGUUGUGUAUAUUGCCACGUUUCCACCGCAGGAACUUCCACUACCCAAGAACUAUUGACUUUGGCCUGGUACUUGGUGUGUUUCCACCGGUGGAACCAGGAACUAAAUAAAGUUCCAGGUAAAAAAUCAAGUACACUGCUGUUUGCAGAAUUACCGGACCUGCGUCGUCAUGGACAUCACACUCCCGAGUCAAAUGCACGGAGUCUGAACUACCAAGGAGGCACGUCCAAAAUCAGCGUACUUUGUAUUGAGAAAUGCGCGCAGACCUACGUCACCAAUCUAUUUGCCUAAUCUUCCCGGUACUUUACACCGAGUGGAAUCGCAGAAAGCAACAGGUGUGGGGGGAAAAAAGUUCCUGGUACAAAUGUUCCGGGUAAUUUCGGUGGAAAUGCGGCAUAUGAUAAUAUGGCAGAAAGCAUCACAACUGGGAGGGACUUUCCCUGAGCAUGACGUCAUGGUAGUGAGAAUUUUGAAACUGCUUGUGUGGACCGACUGUUUAUGAUUUAUUGGGAUUAUAAAACAGUGAGUGGGUGGAUAUUUACAAUUAUAGGCUGGUUGUCUUCACACACUGCGGCCACACAACUUUGUUCAAACGUUCACCUUAUAAAAGUGAUUUUUGUAUUAUAUUGCACCUUUAAUACACAUGUCUUGGCUUAUUGUGCUCCAUUUAUAAGUGCACAUUAGGUGAA